AAGAAAAAUUGAAUCGCAAUAAAACUGUGGAGAAUUAUUUCUGAAAGAUAAACAUUAAUAAUAUAACUAUAUAUAUAUAUACAUAUUUAUAUUGAAACCUGUUUUAUAAAACAUUAGACUGGUAUCUUCUUUCUCAGUAUCAUUCGAACUAGCGGUAGUAUUAUUAAACGUGCGCAUCAUGAAAAUUCUUUUCAUGACGAAUUGUUUUAUUGUUAUUAUUAUUUCAUUGUUUAGCAUAGCAAUUCAAGAAAAUCUUGCACAAUAUGUUCCUCCAACACCAAGUGUAGAACCUCUCUAUCCGGUAGGAUUACGAAUGUCUAUUGCUGAUGAGGCUGGCAUCAGUUUAGUCGCUUAUCAUGUAAAAUUUAACGAUGAUUUCUACAGUCUCGAAGCAGGAACUAUUGCCAGAGACAUUAUAAAACCACGUAAUGGUUAUUGGGUAUAUGAGGAUCGAUCUACAAGAUUGAAACUAGGGGACAUAAUUUAUUAUUGGAUUCAUGUAGUUUAUAAUGGUCUUGGUUAUAAUCUACUUGAUCAAAAACACGUAGUUAAUGAAUUCUAUAAUUAUGAUGGUUCACCACAUUCGAACGGGAAAAUAAGUCUUGAAAAUAAAAUUGAUACUUGUAUAGCAUCUUCGCAAACUAAAAUAUUUGAAAGUAAUUCGAAAAAUCAACUACUGAAUACGCGAAUCUGCCCAGGUCAAUUGAUUUUUGAAGAAAAUUUCGAUUCUCUUAAUACGACACGUUGGACGAUUCUUGAACGCUUUGCAGGCCCUCCUAGUUAUGAAUUCGUUAUAUACAUGAAUAAUAUCGACAACGUGAAAGUUAAAGAUGGUAUUUUGCAUAUUGAACCAACUUUGACCAAUGAGAAGUAUGGACCAGACUUUAUUCGAACCAAUAAUCUGACUUUGGAAAAAUGUACAGAAAUGAUUGAAAACGAAUGCAAACGAUUCGCAUUUGGAUCAUAUAUUUUACCUCCUGUGAUAUCAGGACGAUUAAAUACUAAAUCAUCCUUUAAUUUUCAAUAUGGUCGCAUUCAAAUUCGUGCUAAAUUGCCUCGUGGUGAUUGGUUAUUUCCUUUGAUUACCUUGGAAAGUACAGAUAUGUGUACAAAAAAUUCAUCGAUUUAUUGUGACAUUAUAAUAGUUCACUCAAACGGAAAUUCUGUCCUUAUGUCACAAGAUGGAAACGAUUUAAGCGGGCAUUUUCUUCUAGGGGGUGCUCAUGCAACAGAUAUAAAUUCACAUGUUCCGCAUGAUAAUAAAUUAAAUCUUCCCAAAAAAAAAUCAGAAACUUUAUGGUCAGACGAAUAUCACGUGUACGAUUUAGAAUGGAAACCUAAUCAAAUCAUAGUUAAAGUUGAUGGAGUAGAAUAUGGCCAACAAAAUGUACCGGGAUUGUACGAUAUUCCGGUUUAUAUUAAUAUCGGUUUAGCCGUAGGAGGUCACACUAUCUUUCCAGAUAAUUGCAUCAGCAAUAACUAUGUAAAACCUUGGAGAAAUGUCGGAUCGAAGGCACUUUACCACUUCCACUUAGCAGAAAAGGAUUGGAUAAAAUCUUGGAGAGUGAGCGAUACCGGUUUACACGUUGAUUAUAUUAAAAUCUGGGCAGUUUAACUUUUUCUUCCAUUUUUAAUUCAAAAACUUAAUCACUUCUUAAUAUAUUAUCCUUAAUUAUAUUUACAUUUCUUCUUCGUUCAUAUAAAUUAAUAAAAUAAAAUACAUAAGAAUCAAAAAGAUGGUGGUGGUGGUACCAACACGGAAGGAGGUAACGGUUGUCGAUAAGAUACGUCAUCUGGAUGAAAACCGGAACCCAGUAAUUCGAUCAACCACUGACCCCGAUAGCCAUAACGUCUUUGAUAAUCAAGCGAGGCUCGAGGCCCGUCUUCUGGUCUAAAUUCGAACAUCAUCUUUUUUCUAGUAUCCGGAGAAGCUAUAAUUCUUAGAAAAGUUUCUACACCGUUUCUUGGCCAUUCCCAAAAUCUUCCAUUAGUCCACAAUGUUCGAAGCAUAGCUGUCCAUCUUGAAGGGAACAUAUCGAACGGAAGUGUUCUAGCAACUCGGGUUGAAAUAGUUCCACUGCACUCGACGAUUAUGCACAGCUGUACAUGUAAUAAAAGAAACGAAUAAAAUGGUUUGCUCGCGGUAAAUUUUGGGUAAAUGUAUGUCAUGAUCAUAUAAAUAUGAUCGUAAGUCCACUUACUGCACAGAAUAUUGCUAAUGUGUGACUCGUGCGCAUUUCUUUUUUUUUUCUUUUUUAUUAAACCUCUACGCAGGAACACAGAGAAAGUAAUCCCAUUGUUCAUAGUGUCCGCCAACCUUUAUGUCUUCUGGGUGAGUGACAAUUUCGUGUAUGGAAUACAUUUUAACUUUUUCGUGAUAGAAUUGUCAAUCGUUGGCAAAGACGUAGCACGUAGAUUUUUCAAAUGAUUCGCGCCACAUUGUUCGACAUCAGUUUUCUUUACUUUCACUAAUUGCAUUACGCCAUAUCACUAUAAUAUACCAGAUGAUUUCUUUUCUAUAUGUAUAGUCACCUUUGGAAGCGCAGUUAGUUGAUAUUCCACGCUUGUCCCGUUCUCGUCGUACCACGCUACCGACAACGUGAUCCUACGUGACCAACUCGAGGAGGAAUAACAUGGACUACACACGUAAUUUGCAGGAAUACCACUUUUCCACGAG